GUCUACGCACCACCAUUUUUGUUUUUGGGAAUGAUAACUGCACAAGUAAAAGACAACAAAUCGGAUUAAACAAUCGCCUUAAGAUGUUCAACGGGAUGGUGAGAACCAUUCGCGACAGCGUCGUGGGCACCUACCCAUCCUGUCACGUGUCCUCGCGACUGGAGGAGCGCCGGGCUAAACAAAGAGCGAUGCGCCAGGAGCGCAGAAGAAAACCGGAUAAACCGGACGAUUUUGUUACCUAUGAGGACUCGGGCAGUGACGAGGAGACGCCCCAGCAGCAGGAAGAGGUCCUGAACACGUCGUACAACCUAUGCGACUAUCUGCGCAGCAGGGAAAGCGGUCUCCGUGAUAGAAGAAGCGUUAAUGUGGAGUACACCAGCCGCUAUGUGCUGACCCAUGACAUGCUGCGCGAGACGCAGAUCAGUCUGGGCUAUAUUAACAAGGUCUUCUGCUCCAAGUGGCUGAGCAGUCGUCAAGUUGUUUUCGGGACCAAGUGCAAUAAACUGCUUGUCUACGAUGUAAACAUGCGUCGCGUGGACGCAAUUCCAACGCUUUCCAACAGCCGUGCAAACCACCCGGAGGUCCAGGGUGGACUGCACGCCAUCGAGCUUUCGCCUAGCCGCUCCUUCUUGGCCACCGGUGCACGAAAUUCUUCCGACAUCGCAGUGUACCGCUUGCCCACUCUGGACCCUGUAUGCGUAGGAGAGGGCGGGCACCGUGACCUAAUCAUGGGUAUGUGUUGGCUAGAUGAUCAGUUUCUGGUAUCUGGGUCGAAGGAUUCGCGCAUGGCUCUAUGGCGCAUCAACGAGGACCACAUGGAAUUCCCGGAUGGCGGUGAGGAGGCGUGUCCCACCUUCGCCACAAUCCAUCCUCUUAGCGUUAAGGAAGUUCGCACUGCCCAGAGGAUCCGCUCGCUUUGCUUCAAUAAGGAGUUCAAAGAGAUCGCCGCCCUCUCCUUGAACGGUUACAUUCACAUUUUCAACGCGGAGACUUUCAAGCAGACUCUCUCUCGCAAGCUGCCAAACUGCCAGGACAACGUGAGCAUUGCCUAUCACAGUGAUGGACUUUAUGCCGUUGGUUGCCGUUCCUAUACGAUCCUGCUUGAUGCGCGCACACUACAGACCAUCAAAAAGAUCACAUCUCGAUACAGCGGCUGCGGGAUCCGAGCAACAUCCUUCGAGGGCAACCUCCUAACAGUUGGCACAGGCUUGGGCAUGCUUCUGUUUUACGACAUCCGCGCCGGAAAAUAUCUGGAGAGCAGUGUCAAUGCCUCACGAACAGUCGCAUUAAAAUGCAGCAAGGGAAUUGUGUACCCAGAGGACGAGAUGGAUGGCUUCCAGCAGGUAAAAUACGUGCCCGCCAUCUACACUCACUGCUACGACAGCACCAGAAUGCGCCUCUUUGCAGCAGGAGGACCACUGCCAGCCACUCUGGUAGGCAACUACGCGGGCGUUUGGCAAUAGUUUAGCAAGGGAUGCAAACCGGGCUCACAUUACUGAUUAGUCUUUAAGUAGUUAUCGACUUGUGAUCUUAAUUCUUUUGGCGCAAUUCGGUAUAAAAAGUACAUAUGUAUUCCGCCAAAACCAAAUUUUUAAUUUAACUUCAUUUACUUAGCUUUGGUUUUAAUGAAAAUCGCAUUAGGUUUAUGUUAAUGAUAUUUUAUAUUGUGUGUGAACAAUAUACACCGUUCAUAAGUGUACAUUUAUCCAUAACUACUGAUCCUAUUUAUAUAUAGUACAUACAAUACAAGUAAUGGAAUACUAAUUUUUAGACAAUGCAGCUGAUUUAUAGUCUGAUCUAUAUGGUAAUAGAAUUUCAAAUUAAAGAAACCAUUGAAUAA